CAGCCUUAAGCCCCAGGAUGCCUAAGCAGCAGCAGCAAAACCGGGACCUGGAGUUGGACCGCCUGGUCCGCCAGGUCCCUCUCCAACACCACCCUCCGACUCGCAGCCCCUCACUGUCCUCCCCCAACAGUACCCUAGAGCUGCCCAACGUGCCCUCCUACCCCCGCCUGCCACCCAUUAGCCUGUCCAGGCAGCUGUCAGGGCUUUUCAACCCCACCUUCCACAUCGAGGACGACCCCACGUCCGCUCUACCCUCAGUGAGCUCCAGGCUCAGUGUGCACCCAGCUGUCAGUGUGGAGGAUGUGGAUUCCGGCGGAGAGGGAGGAGGGGGCGGAGGGGAGCACCACCCCCACCACAUUCCCCAAAUCCUUACCCUACAGGACUCCAACUUCAAGACCCUGACCGUACCCGGAGUGUCCAAAACCAGCCGUCAGAGUAAAGUUGCUGAAAAAGAAAAAAAGUUGUACUCUCAGAGUGAGGAGGAUGAAGAGGAGAUGGAGAUCGCAGUGAGGGCAUGGCCUAGCCAGUCCAGCAUCCUCAGUGGAGACGAUGGGCUAAAGGAGCGCCCUGCGUCUUCCGCUAGCCAGGCCAGCUACGUGGUGAAUGAGCGCCUACAGGAGCUGGUCAAGAUGUUUAAGGAGAGGACAGAAAGGGCCAAAGAGAAACUCAUAGACCCAGAUCACUCUGAUGAUGACAGUCCAACUGCCUCCCCUGCGAGAGCUCCAACACCACCUCCUGCACCUCCAGAGGAGCCGAAGGAGGAGGAGAUAGAGGAGCAGCAACCCAAGCCUAGAUUAUGCUGCAAGGUGAUGCCUCCUCGCUGGAUCAGAGCUCUGCUGGACUACCGCUUCCCCGCUAGCAUCGACCCCUUCACCAAUCUGGUCUAUGUGCUGUGGCUGUUUUUCGUCACCUUGGCGUGGAACUGGAACAUGUGGCUUAUCCCGGUGCGCUGGGCCUUCCCCUACCAGACCCCCAGUAACAUCUACCUGUGGCUACUCACUGACUAUCUGUGUGACCUCAUCUACAUCCUGGACAUCCUGGUCUUCCAGCCCCGCCUGCAGUUUGUCCGCAGUGGAGACAUAGUGUUUGACAAAAAGGACAUGAGAGUGAAUUACAUGAAAACCUUCCGGUUCAAGAUGGAUGUCAUCAGUCUUGUUCCACUGGAGUUGUUCUAUUUUAAAACUGGGAUCAACCCACUCCUCCGCUUCCCACGACUACUAAAGAUAAUGUCUUUCUUUGAGUUCAACGACCGUCUUGAGGGCAUCCUUACCAAAGCCUACGUUUACAGAGUGAUCCGGACCACCACCUACCUGCUGUACUGCCUGCACUGUAAUGCCUGUCUGUACUACUGGGGCUCUGCGUAUGAAGGUCUGGGCUCCACGCAGUGGGUCUAUGACGGACAGGGCAACAGUUACAUCCGCUGCUACUACUUUGCUGUGAAGACCCUAAUCACCAUUGGUGGACUGCCGGACCCCACAACGCUCUUUGAAAUCAUCUUUCAGCUCAUAAACUACUUUGUUGGAGUGUUUGCCUUUUCCAUCAUGAUUGGACAGAUGAGAGAUGUGGUUGGUGCAGCCACAGCAGGACAGACGUACUACAGAGCAUGCAUGGACAACACUGUCAAAUACAUGGCCUCCUACCGUAUCCCUAAAGACGUGCAGAACCGGGUUAAAACCUGGUACAACUACACCUGGCAGUCCCAGGGCAUGCUGGAUGAACAGGAGCUUCUGGUUCAGCUCCCAGACAAGAUGAGGCUGGACAUCGCUGUGGAUGUCAACUAUGACAUUGUCAGUAAAGUGUCUCUCUUCCAGGGUUGCGAUAGACAGAUGAUCUUUGACAUGCUGAAGAGACUGAGGUCUGUUGUUUACCUCCCAGGGGACUAUGUCUGCAAAAAGGGUGAAGUUGGGCGGGAAAUGUACAUCAUCAAAGCCGGAGAGGUGCAGGUGGUGGGCGGGCCAGAUGGGAAGACUGUGUUUGUCACACUGAGGGCGGGAUCAGUGUUUGGGGAAAUCAGCUUGCUGGCAGUUGGUGGAGGGAACAGGAGGACAGCAAACGUGGUGGCUCAUGGCUUCGCCAACCUGUUCAUCCUGGACAAGAAGGACCUCAAUGAGAUUCUAGUGCAUUACCCCGAGUCCCAGAAGCUGCUCCGCAAGAAGGCCAGGAAGAUGCUCACGAAAGAUAAGAAGCCUCCGAAGGAGCCGGCCCAGGUGAUCCCUCCUCGAACAGUCACACCCAAGCUAUUCAAAGCUGCUCUGGAUGUGGCGCAUCAGAAAACAGGCCUCAAAGGGACCCUCGCCAAGAUUAAGGAGAAGAUCAACAAAUCCAGCGUUUCUCUACAGCCCUCCAUGUCCUCCUCCCUGCCUCCCUUGUCCCCAGUCUCUCCAGUCUCCAGUCUGGACCCAGAGCGCAAGGCUGACGCCAUGUCACCAACCUUAGACAGCUCCACGCUGCUCUGCCCCGUCUCCCAUUGUCACGGAGAUGAGACACUCUCCAAGGAGCAGGGCCAAGUGGAGGGAGAAGUUGCAGGAGAGAGUGGGAAGAAGAAAGAAAAGAGAAAGGCAUGAGUUGUCUCCAAAAGCUUUAAAAGCUGUCUUCAUGUGGAGAAAGGGAUGCACUUUUUUGUCCCUCUGUACUCUACUGCAGAGAGGGAGACCAGAGAGAGAAGAGCCAUGGUUCCUAAAGAUCAUCCAAUUAUGUCUCAAGAGUCACAGACUCAGUUUCUGUUUCUUUAUACCCAUAGACUCUUCUUUUAGCUAACCCUUUGAUACUCAGUACACUGAGUUUACCAAAUUUGGAACACCUUCCUAAUAUUGAGUUCAACUGCCCCCUUUCACCCUCAGAACAGACUCAAUUUCUCAUGGCAUGGACUCUACAAGAUGUUGAAAGCAUUCCACAGGGA